CGCGGCGUUUGCCUUUGCCCCCCCACGGAACUUUCGGUUUGCACACGGCAAGCAGCCCGACUCGGGAACGGACUGGGAAUUGUGCAGACAGACACAACGUCCAACUACCCUCCAACAACCAACCAACCAACCAACCAACCAACCGACACUCAGUUUACACACGCAGGCCUCAGAGAACGGUGGCACAACAACAAGCACCAUGCCCAGCCUGUUCUCUUUCGACAAGAAAAAAGCCUCCACGGCUGCAACCUUCGGCAUCGACACCGACCUUGUGGAUUCCUCCUCAACCAGCUCCAAGUCGUCAAAGAAGAAAGGCAAGAAAAGCUUCGACUUUGCCUCCGCCCUCUACUCCCCCAAGUCCUCCUCCUCCGACUCCCUCAGCAAAUCCAGCACCCAGAGGCUAAAAGACUCAAAACGCAAUGGCAGCAGCGGCAAUGGCUCCUCAGACGACGGCAGCAGCGUCGCCUCCUCCGGCCGUCAACGCCGCAAACGAGCACGCCCAGUCCUCGAUGCCCUUACCCUCGCCGCGACCUCGAUCCAGAAACUCGAGUCGGAACGCCUGCAUGCCUCGUGCGAGCUGAGGAGACUGGUGCUCAUCCAGAACCUGCUCAACGCCAUCUACGAGAACUGGAACACGUUGAUGGAAAAGACGCCGCAUCACCAGCACCCGGACCAGCCCGCGUCGGUGGUGGCUGCGACCGAUCUUAUCGACCCGCAGACGGUGGACGAGGCGCCGGCGGAGGCGGUUGUGAAUGAUGUGAGGGAACGGAGGAAGAGCGCGCAGUUGAAGAAACGGGGCGCGUUGACGUGGAGGAGGAAGGCGGCGGAUAGUGCCGUUGAUCUCUCAAAUAUGGAGCUGGCGGAGGACGCUGCCAGGAAAGGAGACGGCGAGGAUUCGGCGUCUGGGUCGUCGGAGGAUGAUGACGAGGAGAAUGGGCUGCCUAGGCGGUUACGGAAGAAGAGGGUCGUGCCGAAACCGGCCAUGGGGAUCGUUAAGCCCGGCCGGUCGCUGCGACGGGCAAAGAGCGAGGAUAUCCUGUCCUCUGCCAUCCCUGUUGGGGGUAGAGCGGUAAACAGUGGCGCCGUAAAUGCGCAGGGAGCACCGAGCACUGCCGAAAGUUUGGCAGAAGACGAUGAGGUGCCGCUGGGCCAUCUCAAUAUCGGAGGAGGCGCUAGCCUCAUGCGCAAGUACCCCUCAGAGCCCACCAUCGCAUCUACACCAUCACUAUCACCUUCCGCGCCCGAGACUCCAUCCGCCUCCACACCACCCGCCCCCGAACCCCUCCGUAACAAAAAGCUCGCCGCAGCCAGCCCCCUCCGCCAAGCAGCCUCUAUGGACGACCUCAAAAAAUUCUACAAGGACCAACCAACCCCCGACCAAACAAUCCUCUCCAUCCCCAACCGCACCAACGCCUCCACCAAACCCACCAUGACACUCAUCGAGAAAGUUGAGCUGCGACAACGCGAGGCACGCCGAUCGUUGGAUAACCCCGACGAAGGCAAUGGACCGGCAUUCCCGGCCCGAUCUAGCUCGUUGAAUAACCUGGCAUCGGAAGAACCGGCUAAAUUGCCGGCAUCGUCAUCACUCCCAUCCUUGUUGAAGGAACAACCGAUCCGACAAUCUCUCGAUACACCCCCCCGGGACCGUGACCUCCCCCGCAUCUCCACCGAUUUCAUAGCACCCGCAAUGGAGAAAUCCAAAUCCUUCCCGCAGCCAUCCAACUCCCCUCAAAAGCUUACCAUCGCACCCCCGCGAUCGGCGACAUUACCCGUAUCGGAGAACACGCUGCUGGGGAAGGGACAGGUGAAGACGGGGAAAAAGUCGGGGUUGAUGAGUCUCAGGAGCGCGUUUCUGAGGAAGAAGGCUGAGAAGGGAUCGGUCGAACCGACCUCUCCGGUCUCCGCGAGUUCCGCACCAGUGUUAGGCGACCAACCAGCCCCACUAACCUUCCACCCUACAUCAGCCCCAACCUCCUCCCCGCUCCUCCCGCCCCCCUCGCCCCCGCAGAAAUCACCCACGUCAUCCGCACGCCUGCGUUUCCUCCCAAUCCUCACAACACCCAAACGCUCCCCCCCGUCCCCAUCCUCUCCCGCACCACCAAAAUCCCCUCAACCACCCACACCCCCCUCCAAAUCCCCGCUCCUAGACGACAUCGAUUUCGGCUCAUCCCCCUUCGGCGGAGGGUUCAGCACCGCCAGUUUCGAACACGAGGUCUUCUCCGGCCUCGCAGCAUCCAAGGACAUCCGCCGCUCCUUCCUCCUCGCCAUGCCCGCACCAUCGUCGGUCACGCGCACGUCAGCGAGCUCCGGGUCGGCUUCUUCCACGGAGUACCGGUCGAGUGGGAGCUCGGGGAGUUUGGCGAGGAGGGAUAGCGGGGCCAGUGGCGGGGUGGAUGAUGUGGGCACAGGCGACGGCGGCAGGAUGGGGUAUACGCUCGAAGGCCGCUUUUGUGAAUUGGCGUUUGAUCUGAGUUGGGAGGUGAAAUUGUAGGAUCGCGCCCUUUGGAUCGCUUCGGGGAAACGGCGUAUGCAUGCGUUUUAUCCACCCUCCGUGUUUUGGGCGCCAUCCACCAUUCCCCCCGGCGUUUUCGGGGGGAGCUUCCCCCCCCCCCCCCCCCC